CAAAGUCCCUGUUGUUUUCUGCAGAGAUGUGGCCAGUGGGUUAAUGUGCAAAGUGAGCGCAGGAAAUGAUGUCGCGUACCUCACCACCAAUCACCUUGCAGCUCUGGCCAGACUGGAGCCGAGGCUCGUGCCUUUGGUUCUGGCCUUCCGUCACUGGGCCAAUCUGUGCCACAUCGACUGUCAGGCGGAGGGAGGAAUCCCGUCCUACUCGCUGUCUCUGAUGGUCAUAUUCUUCCUGCAACAGAGAGCCAAGCCCCUCCUGCCCGUUUAUCUAGGACACUGGGUAUGAACUCA